AUGACGACUCGUCUGCCCUCUCUUCACGCAAUGAUUGAUGAAGGUAGUAGUAUUGUGGAAGAAGGUAGCAGUAAUUCGGAGGAGGAUAAUUUAAAUCCUCACACUCUCCUGAGCAUUACCAGUGAAAUUAUCGAAUAUUUAUUAAAAAUUGAUCGGCAUCAAGAGACAGUGACUUCUAACGAAAAAUUACAUCAUCAAGCGGAAGAUGAAUCAAUUGUAAAUAAUUCUGAAAAUAGCUCAAAGAAAAUUAAAUUACAGGAUGAUCAUAAUGAUGCGAUAUUGCCUCCAUUACAGGUUGCUUCGUUAUGGGAUUCAGUUCGCAACGAAGAAAUGGAACGGAAAAUAUUACAUUGUGUACUAACGGUUUUAACUUCCGAUGGAUUGGAGAAUGUAGACGAGGCUUCCGAUUUUAUUGAACUCUUAUUUAAUGUUUUCACUACAAAUUCUUCACUUACAAUUGAUUAUCAUAUUGCCCUGCUUCAGGAAUCAAUUGAAGUAAUUUUUAUGUACUAUACCUCGCUGAUAGACUCUGUUGGAAGUAGUACAACACCUGACACAGUUGAAAUGUUUGAAAACGUGAUGAUUUCUAACGUACUGAAAUAUUUAAUAACUAUCUUAGGUAGAGUGGGAAAGCAUUUGACCACCUUUAAUAGAUAUCAAAAAGGAGAUUCUUGUGCUGCAUAUAUAUUUUAUUAUUGUGAGGGAAUUCAACUUUUAGACAAGUAUAUGCUCAAGUUUAUUCCCAAUCACAAGUUAUUGAAUGACCUCAAGGAGCAAAUUCUUAGCUUUACACAUAUAUUGUACGAUUUGAUGGUUCCUAUAGACAUUGAUGUUGAACUUGAUUUUAUAAGAAAACUCUCAACGACCCUUUUAGAUACACUAUCCUACAUCCCAUUUGUAAAACAAACUGUAUAUUUUGAUGUUUACAUGCUCAGCGAGGAAUUGAAGUCUCAUAUCAAUUUGAAAAAGGUUUAUCUUGCAUGCUUAUUAAUAGGAACUUUUCGAUUUCAGCACUAUGAAUUUAUUGUGUCCUCAUGUAUCGAUCAUGGCAACCAGCUUAUCAGAGCCAUUGCCGUAUGGUCUUAUGGCAAUAUUUGCGACAACAUUGAAAGUUGUAUUUCAAGAAUGCAGAAGAAGCUGGUAAGCGAACAAAGCGCUGUUGUAAAAGUGGCCAUAAUUAAGUUUCUGUCAACCUACAUUUCAAAAUCAUGUGGUUUACCGAAUGACUUUUAUGACAAUUUGUUUCCCUCAAUUUUUACCUCAGUCUGCCAUGAUUUAGAAAAGCAGCAGCACUACUCUCUAACCAAGACAUGGUACCUAAUUCAGCAGAUUAUUCAAAAGUCUGCACCCUCUCGCCACAUUGGUCAUUUACUUUCUGGUAUAUUUAAUUUAUUAGAAAGCUCUAUGAGAUUGCAGUGUACAACUGGCACCGAAAUAGGAAAUGUAAAUAAUAGCUUUAAGGAAGUACAUGCAAAAUUUUUUAAAAUGCUGAGCGAAAAAAGGAUACUUUCCCUUUUUACCAAUGAUGAAAUUGCAGUCAUCAAAGACUCUGCCUUUGUAGCCAUUAAGAGAAUUGUUUUUUCCAACUCGUCUUCAUUUGAUCAAAUACUAUUGAAUAAUUAUGUAGAUGUAAUUUGCGAACUCAUGGACAGGGACACGAUCCAGACUAUGAUUACUUCACAUCAUGUGUUAGUGACUGCACUUUUGAGAAGCAUUUCUUUUAAAAAGAGAGCAGGCCAUUCAUUCUUUUCCUUUGUCUGUCGACUGGGAGUAUAUUUGAAAUCAUUUCUGAAACUACCCGAGAUUGUGAAUAUUCUAGUUCAAGACAUGAUUCAACGAGUUCCUUCUCUUGUAGAAUCAUUUACAACCAUUGACGACACUCUCUCUUUACUAUUUUUACUUAAUAGCAUUGCAGAACUGGUCAAAGAAUAUGGCCCUCUCAUUCAAGAACAAGAAUCGCUCAGGUUACAAUUAUCGUCUUCAAUUCAAGCAAAUAUUAUUCCAGCAGUCCAAAGCAAAAGCGUCAUUAUGAACAGUUAUCGAUCUUCAGAAAAGUCCAUUGAUGUAUUUAUGAUCAUCAAGUCCACGUUCUGUAACAUUAUUUCCAAAAUUUAUUGUUACUUUGACCCACAACUGGUGAUUAAUAAUUUUAGCAAAACUCGCGAAACUUUUUUAUACUUUCCAGAAAAUCCUCAAUUAAGGAUGGGACUAGAGCAAUUGGAAUAUUUUACGACGUUUAUUGGUGUGUUGGAGAGCAUUACCAAUGUUGAAAACACGAAUCUGGAUGUAACCUUGUUGCAAAAUCCUUUAUUGUUGGAGAUGGCCAUUAGUAUUUUGAAACGACUAAAACAUGCCGUGGAUUCUUUUUAUUUUAGAGCUGAACUGAAUGUGGUUUACGAAGGGGAAGCAAUGACGGCAGAGUGGAAGCAGCUCAUGAUUAAGGCUAACCGAUUGAGGUACAUCCUCGAAACCCAAGCUAGAGAUUUGGAUAUUGCUUAA